AUGAGGAUGUUUCUGCUUUGUUCGUCUCAGUGGGAGUGUAAGGCGGACCUGGACAACGCCUACAGGUUCGGCCGUAUCGAGGUGAGCUGCGAGGGAUACAACCACCCCUCUGAUGACUACAUCCUGAAGGGCUCCUGUGGACUGGAGUUCACCCUGGAGCUGACCCAGGAGGGCCAGAGGAGAAGUCCAGGCAGCGCGGGCUCCCAUGGGGGGUUUAAGGAGUGGGGGGGACUUGGAGGUCUGGCCUCUACUUUCUUCAGCAGUUUUUUUGGAAACAAGCGGCACCAGAACCAUAACCAGUACCAGAACCAGUACCAGAACCAGCACCAGAACCAGAACCAGCACCACUCAGACAGCGAGUCAUCAGGCGGCCUGUUGGUGGUGGCUGUGCUUCUUCUAUUAGCUUAUGGCGUCUACAAGCUGUUCCUCAGCGGGGACGGCGCCCAGUUUGGGCCCGGUGGGGGGCAGGCAGGCUACCCUCAGGGGAACCAUCCCCACAGCAUGGGAGGACCCCCCCCUCCUGGCUUCAAGCCUGACUACACAGACUCUCCAGGAUCCAGUCCAGGAUACGGUUUCCAUAGCGAUUACACUAACGGACAACGGUACCCAGGAGGCCGCGCCGGUCCGGGCACAGGCGGGGGCUUCUGGACUGGGAUGGGGACUGGGGGAAUGCUGGGAUAUCUGUUUGGACGUCAGAGGACGCAGCCGUGCAGCCCUCGUCCAGCCAGUGAUCACCACUCCUCUGGGACCCGCACCGCUUCAGGUUUCGGUGGAACCAAAAGAAGAUAGAAGCUGAGCGGAAGCAGCGUCUCCUCAGCAGCCCUGAUGAGUGUCUGGACCUUCCAUAGAGGGACAGAGCAGACUGUUGCUUCUGUUAGCAGAAUCAGACUGCAUCCAUAUUAAAUGGAUAAAGAUGAAGGCACCAGUGAACCAUGUGCUGAAUCCAGGAAAAUAUGAAAAUUAAUCUGGACUUUCUUGUAGAAAUAGAGAUUAUAGAAUAAUCUCUGAUGUCCUCUGGGUCUUCUUUAAUUAAUGAAUAUUUGCAGCAGAUGUUUGAGCUCUGUAACCUUCUCAUCAUGGAGGAAAGUAAUGUUUUUAUUUUU